AUGCAGUUCAAGAACAUCGCCCUCGCUGGCUUCAUCAGCCUGGCCUCAGCAGCCUCUUCUGAUUCCAACGUCACCGCCAUCGCAUCCCAGCUGCCCUCGUGCGCCACCUCGUGCCUCACCACCGGAGCUGCCUCUGCAGGCUGCGGCGCCACAGAUUACUCCUGCCAGUGUGACAACAAGGCGACCAUUGAGACCAACGCCACUUCGUGUCUGACCACGUCAUGCUCCGUCACGGACAUCACCUGUAAGUGUCCCUUAGCUGGGUAA